UAACAGUUUUGGAUAAUUUAUCCAAGCAAGUCAGUUUUACGUGAAUGGUAAAAAAAAAAUCGUAUUAGUGGCUGCAGACUCUAAGGGAAGUAGGUCAUUGCGUGGAUAAUCACAUCGCUAAAAUACGCGCGCACAUUGAGAGUCCAUUUAUCUCCUGACCGUGGAGGUACAUUAUCUUUCAUUCAAAUCAAGGAAUACACUACCAUACCAACAUUGGCCCGUACACCCUGAGCGGCCGACCGACCGACUUGCCUAGGGUUAUAGGGAGUUGUUUAGCAUUACCACAGUUCGUCGGAUUAUUCUAACUCAAGCGGAGUAGGCGCUGGAUGUUACAGGCCGUGCAGUUAUACUUGCUCCAUCGAUUCGUUUUCAUCGUCCGCAAUCGAGGAUAUUCGAGUUUUCAGAUUGAAUAGUUUAUUGUGAUGUCACAACCAGCAUAUCCUCCAACGUCGGAGGGGCAAUACCCACCCCCUACCCAGGGGUACCCUGCCCCACAAGGAGGCUAUGCCCCUCCCCCGGGCCAACAACCUGGCUACGCCCCUCCUCCAGGCCCCCCUGCGGGCUAUCCACCACCCCAGGGUGUGACGGUGGUAUCCCAGCCUGUAGCAGUGGUGGCCUGCCAGUCAAUGAGGGAAUGCCCCGUGAGGGUGUCCUGUCCUUCCUGUCGUGCUGACGUCAUGACGGCGAAGACGUUCGAGACGGGGACUAUGACGUGGCUCCUCGUGGGAAUUCUUUGUAUCAUAGGGUGCUGGCCAUGCUGUCUGAUACCUUUCUGUGUGGACGGGUGUAAGGACGUAAUUCACACCUGUCCGAACUGCCAGGCUCAGGUGGGCGUGUACCGCCGCAUGUGAACAGAGUGUACACAUGCCCCCGCCAUAGUAGUCCUUAAAUUUUGUUUUGCUAUAAAGAUACUGUAAAUUUAUGUGUAUACAUUUAUAGGGAAAAUAUUAUUGAACUUUACGGGGACAGAAAAUUUGUAGUAAACAUAUAUUACCACCAUGCUUUGUUGUUUCAAGACAAUUUCAAGAGACAACAACCGGCAAUUGAUUUUUUAUCAAUUGUUAACCUUUGCAAAACCCUCUACGCUUAGAAAACUAGUAUAAGCCAAUUUUAUUUUACAUCAAAGAGUGCAUUUUUGUUUACAGUAAAUUAAUACUAUAGAGUAUGUCUCAUGUAGUAAUGGUGUUGUGGUAUACUUCAGCAUUAUUAGUCAUUCUUCAUCUAUCGGUACUCACAAGAUGUAUCUAGUACAUAUAUUGACUUCUGUGCAGUAUACUACCAUAAGUCGAUAAAUUUAUAUUACUUCUAUUGUACAAUGAUUCGGUUGUAUUCAAGAUUUAUACAUGUAUUUAAUAUUUUGUUUUAAAUUAACUAUUAUAUUGCUUUAAAUUUAUUUAUAACGAUUUUCUUAUUUAAGGUUUUUAAAAUAAAAAUUUUAAACAUG